AUGCGGUCGGCCAUCCUCUUCUCCCUUCUCGCUAUCGUCGCCUCGGCGUCGGCGUCGGCCAUCGAGCCGGCCAAGCGCGGCGGCCCGACUAUCCUCAAGAUGCACCAGCAGGCCGUUGCUCGCGACGCUGGUAACCCCCACAGAGGCCUGCACCGGCGCCAGCAGGCGGACAGCGCCAACAGUACCAACAACAUUCCCCUGCAGUCCGCGGCCUGGGACUUUCAGUAUCUCGUCGACAUUGAGGUGGGGACCCCGCCUCAGAACAUGACAGUCCUCCUCGACACCGGCUCCACGCCACUGUGGGUGUUCACCGAAUGUGACGACCCCAACGAUUGUGGUGCCGCGCAGCGCUUCAACCCCAACGCAUCGACGUCCCUGCAGAGGCUCGGCACCGACUUCGUAGCCAAUUAUGGAGGAGACUGGGGAACCGCCGCCUUUUCCUCCAACAACGGCACCAAGGCCAAGGACGUGGUCAAGAUGGGCUCGUUCAGUUCCGAGGUUGAGCUUGGCCUGGUAAACUCCUCGAUCAAGUGGCUCAACGAUUCCCACGCGGGGAUCAUCGGGUUCGGCUUACCCGGAGAGGCCAAUGCAUGGUGGACCCAAGUGCUUCCCCAAUGGGCGGAGAAGGUGUUUGGGGUCUACAUGAAGUUGGCCCCCCCUGCCAUUGGUCCCAAGCCUCAAGACGUUCCCAACCUAGCCACCCGACACGAUGGCGGCGAGAUAAGUCUUGGUGGUGUGGACCAGUCAAAGAUCGACGGGGACUUUACAUGGGUCGACGCCAUUUACACCCCUGACCCCAGCGCCACGACCCCGGAAGGCGUGACCUACAUCACAAACGGAACUGACGGCCUCGAAGGUAACUCGCAUUGGACCGUCAAGUUGGACGCUGUCGAGAUUGCUGGCAAGGCUGUACAGGGCCUCAACCUGUCCACGGCCAUUUUCGAUAGUGGCGGCAUCGGACUCAUGGCUCCGCAGGAUCAGCUGGAUAUCAUUGUCCGUACGCUCAACGAGACUUAUAAUAUCUCCAUCGGCGAGGUGGAGGGUGCCUACUCUUUUGGGUGCAAUCCGGAGCAGAAGUUCCCCGUUCUCGACUUCGGCUACCGUUUCGCGAACACCAGCUUCCCUACGCCGCCAGGGGCCUUCAUCCGCCAGAUCCAGACCAUAGACCAGUACGCUGCCAACCUCAACAGCACGGAACUGCAGAACGCCGUCAAGGCGGCGGCCGCCAAGGCCAACCAGACGCAUGUAUGCGAAGCAGCUCUCGGCCUGAAUUCGAUCUGGGUCAUUGGCCCACCUUGGCUGGCUGGGUACUACCUCGCGCACAGCGUGGAGGAGGCUCACCAGCCCCGUGUGGGGAUUGCGCAGCUCAAGCCCGAGCUGCGUAUCGCCACCCCUGACAAGAUCACCGCUACAGUCAACAGCACAGCCACCAACGGCACGACCCCGGGGGGGACCAGCAGCACCAAGCCCUCCGGCAGCGUGAUCGGCGCCGUUGUGAGCGUGCCUGCUGUUGCUGCCCUUUCGGGGCUGGCACUUGCUCUUCUUCUCUGA